AUGCCGUCGCGACACUCGUCAUCAUCAUCGCGCGCGCCGCUCGAGGACUCUCGCGCCGCCAACCGCUCCAUCUCCACCUCCUUUGCAGGCACGAAACCCUCGCUCUCGUCAGCCAAGUCGUCGGCUUCCAGAAAGAAUGCAGCUAGAUCUACGUCGGCAAAGUCGCGCUCGGCUUCCGGCAAGAUGCGCGGCCGAUUCGACGACGACGACGACAUCGAAGAGGAAGACGAGGACGAGGACCAAGCAGACGACGGCGACAGCUACGACGAGGAAGAGCCCGCCAACCACCGCCAGAGUUCCAAAUCCAAGCCAUCCGCCAGCCACGCAAAACCAACCUCGCGGGCCCCAUCGCAACCGGCCAGUCGUCAGGCUUCCGGCUCGAACAACGCGAACCGCUCCAUCCUCGCUCGCUCCAAUCCUAACGCAUCCAUCGUCAUGGCCGCAGGAAACACCUCGGUCGCUUUCCAGAACUCUCGCGUCGCUGCGCUCGCCAGAUCCCAUGCCGUCGUCGAUGCAUCCUCCAUCAUGCGUCCCCGUGGCCAGUCUGCCCAUCCCUCCGCCGCGGCGGCUGCAGCCGCCGACCCCAACGGCUCCGCUCCUCCCGCCGCUUCCCUUCGCGUAGACACAUCCAGCUUCGAAGAGUGGAUGAAGAUGGCCACCGACAACAAGAUCAACUCCACCAACACGUGGUCCUUUGCCCUCAUCGACUACUUCCACGACAUGUCCCUCCUCCGCAACGAAAGCGGAGACGGAAGCAUCAACUUCCAGAAGGCCUCCUGCACCCUCGAUGGCUGUGUCAAGGUGUGGACCUCGCGUGUCGACUCGGUCGUCGUAGAAACAGGCAAGCUCCUCUCGGGUCUCCAGGAUGACCUCGAACAGGCUUCGCGCAAAGACCGUCGCAAGGGCGAUGACGAUGGGGAAGAUGACGACGCAGACGACGAUGGCGACGACGAUGGCGCUGGCACCUCGUCCCGCAAGAGGAAGAGGAACAAGGAUGCCACGCUCGCAAAGACGUUCGGUCACAUCCAAAUCAAGAAGUUCGAGCUCGAGUUCACCGUCGAUCCCCUCUUCAAGAAGACCUCCGCCGACUUUGACGAGGGCGGUGCCAGCGGCCUCCUCAUGAACCAUCUCGGUGUCGACGCCUCCAUGGCCGUCAUCUUUGAUGCCAGUGACGUCGCAGGUGUUGGCAGCGACGACGACAUGAACAGGAUGCUCGCUGUCGCAGAGGACGACGAUGAGCAAGCCGAAGCUGCCAAGCCCUCUGCAGCCGCCGACGACCAGGUCGAGCUGGUCGACCUGUCCAAGCUCAGCGCAAAGUGGCUCGAGUUCGGGGCAGCCGACGGAUCGGAAGACAUUGAAUCCAUGCUCUCGCGCCGCGUCAUCUGCCCUACGCUGUGCAACUUCCGCUUCUCCAAGGAUGACGACACACCCUUCGGCGUCGGUCUGGACGAGUUCAACCAGCAGACCUUCCACUCGGCCAGCCAGGUCAACCCGGCCUUCUUCAGCACGCGCGCACACUCCGAGGAGCUGGCCGGCGGCGGCUUCCAAGACGACGUCAACCCGCUCUUGGACGAUGCAGGCGCAGACGUCGACUUCUUCGACGGCGGCAUGGGCGCUCCCAUGGACGACAACGACGACGACGGCAACGACUUUUUCGAUGCGCUCGACUCGGCGCCCGCUUUCCACCACGGCGGUCCCGUCGUGCUCGACGGCACCACGGGCGACGUGCAGGGCUACGGCCCCUUUGACCCCUCAGCUGGACCCUCGUCGGACCUGGUCAUGGCCAUGGCCUUCAACCCCGACACCGGUCGACCCCUGGACGGCGCAGACGCCGAGAACGGCAGUGAUCUGUUUGACUACUUUGACCGUCGUCUUCUGCGCAACUGGGCUGGUCCCGAGCACUGGAAAUUGUCGCGCGUCACCGGGCCCCUAGGGCUCGGUGUGGUGGGCGCAGGUGCGGCCGAUCCAGCCGCAGCAGCCGCACGCAAGGAAAGCAAGAAGAGCAAGGAACCCUUCGUCAUCGACUUCCUCUCCGACGAAGGCGCCGUCAACGUCAAGGAGAUCUUUGAGCCGGCGAAGCAGGCGGCAGCCAUCACGCUGCCGCUCAACGCGCGCAACAAGAUGGCGAACCUGGCAGCGUCAUCUUCGGACGCGUACCUGCUGCCGGAGGACCGUCACUUCAGUUCGAAGCAGCUGUUGCGUCUGUUCCUCAAGCCUCGCGUGGCGAUCAACAUGCGUCGCAAGGGUGCGCAGGGUGCAGGCGACGGCUUUGGUGCCGAUGCGCAGCUCUGGGGCGAUGCGGACGGCGACGACAUGGGCGGCGGCGCUGAUGGAGGCAUGCCGUUCGACACGCAGUUCUUCCACGACGCCGAUGACGGUUUUGACGCCAACGGUGCCGAUCUGGGCGGCCUGGACGACUCGCCGGCCCAUGCGACCGUCGGCGGCGGCGAGGACGGCGAUCUGACACAGUCGAUGCAGCAGCUCAACCGCAUCAAGCCCGAGUACGUCAACUAUGCCAAAAAGGCGAAGCGCGUGGAUGUCAAGAAGCUCAAGGAGAACAUCUGGAAGGAGCUCGGCAUCCUCCCGUCCACCGACGAUCCUGCCGCCGUCGCUGCACGCGCCGCCGGGGAAGGCGACGAGACGAUGGAAUCGGUCGAUGCACAGCCUGUCGGUGCGGAGAGCGUCAAGACGUUCGAAUCGGUGCUGUCCGGUCUGCAAAAGGCGUAUCCGCAAGACAAGAUGGAGGAGAUCUCGACGUCGUUCUGCUUCAUCUGUCUGCUGCAUCUUGCCAACGAGGAAGGGCUGGCCAUCAGCACCGGCACCGAGGAUCAGAUCCAGGCACUGCGGUCCAAGCGCGGCCGCACGAGCGCUACGCCGACCAAGGAGGGCGGUCUCUUCGGCCGCUUGGCCGCUGGCAAGAUCGUGCGUCCCAGCAUGGAGGACGACGACCUCGGUGGUGAGGACGAUCUGCCCGUCGAGGGCGAAGAGGGCUACGAGGAGGACGAGCUGCGCGUCGGCAAGCUCUCGGCGCUGCGGAUUAUCAAGGACCCCAAAGCCUACCGUUCUGCAUGA